AUGGAGUGGAAACAUGUGGGCAGCAGCAGAAGAAAAAGACCCAGAAAAUCUAACCAGAAUUCUCCAACCAAAAACCAUAAUAAUUUGCUGAUGUUAGAUUCAUCAUCGUCGUUAUCAUCAUCAUCCUCAUCGUCCUCAUCUGGGGUUGCAGCAGCAUCAGAUCUACCGUGUAGCAUACUGAUCGACAUCUUGGGAAGAUUACCAUUGAAAACGCUGAUUAAUUGCAGGUAUGUCUGCAAAUCGUGGAAAUCUCUACUCGCCGAAUCUUAUUUCUUCAGAUUGUAUUCUCGCAAUUUGCCGACCACUUUGAUCCUUCAAGUUAAGGGUACCUCCCUUGCCGCCCUAAAACAAAUAUCUCUCGUUGAGCAACAUACGGUUGUUGUCGGCGGUGGCGAAGGUAGAGGUAGUUCGCUUAUGCGUAAGAUGCGGCUCACAUCGAAUCCGCAUAAACUCAGAGUAGAUCGCAAUGAUUACGGCGGGGGAAUACCGUCGAAUUUCCGGUUCCAGCUCGGGAACGGGUGUAAUGGGUUGAUCUGUUUGAGAGAGCUUCGGACUCGGGAGCCGAGUUUAGUUUGGAAUCCGAUCAUGGGUCAAUUUGUUAUCCUCCCGAAACCCGCCACCACUGCGGAUAAAGUGGUGGCGGGUUUCGGUUUCUGCGGCCGCACAAAUCGGUAUAAGGUGGUCCGCAUCUUUCACAUGAAAAGAGACCCGCUCUCGAGACGGCGGGUAGAGAUUUAUGAUUUAGGGGUUGGAAAUGAAUGGAGAAGAAUUGGGGAUGCCCCGUUUCCCAUCCCUUCGAGAAUUCCUGGGUUUUUCACAAAUAAUUCACUCCAUUGGAUAUUGGACUACAAUUGCAAAGAAAAUAACCUUGUUAACAACAAUAUCGAUGAUCACAAUAACAAUAAUGACAAUAAUAAUAAUACGAGCUCCAAUUUUGAGUUAAUUUGUGGAUUUGACUUCGUGGAAGAGAAAUUCAAGGCGAUUUCAGCACCACCUAUUUUCUCAUCAGAACAGAGAAACAAUUACCAUUGGUCAAAUUUGGGGAUCAUAAGCAACUGUCUCUCAAUAUGUGCCAUUGAUGCGAAGGUAUUCAGGCCCGAUGUUCAAGUUUGGGUGAUGGAAGAGUAUGGUGUUCCGGAGUCAUGGGCUCUAAGGCUCUCCAUUAGGGACCCUACCGUCGAUUGGUGGGACCCAUAUAGGUGGAUUCAGGUGACUAAUUUUCUGAGUAAUGGGGAGAUAUUAAUGUUGUGUGCACAUUGUUAUGUACUAGCCUAUAAUCUCCGGGAACGGCGGUUUCGAAGCGUGGAGGGGCUCGACUUCCCGGCUGUUGCUCAUGUGCCUAGCUUUAUCUCCUUGGAGGAUGUAUUGAGUGAACACCAUGGGACUGGAUCACUCAAUGUUAGAUAUCUUUAG